UGCCGUUUGUUAGUUCUUACGUAAAUUUUCUGUGAUGGAAGAAAAUUGUGUUGACUUUUUCCUCCGGCAAAAGGAAUCAGAGAAAAAAAGGUUUGUGAUCCCAACUUUUAUCAGAAACUGAAUGUGCGAUCUUUUCUAGGGACGGUAGGCUUCAUAGUCAGCAAAGCCACUUUGUCUCUCCUCUUUCCCUCAAAUGUAUGGAGGCUAGCUUGACACCAAGCUCCCAUGGCAUGUGCUUUGUGUUAUCCUUUCUGGUUGGAAAAUAGAAUACAUAAUUUAAGAGCAUCUCUGUACAGGUGCUUGGCGAGGAAAAUUUGUUCAGAAGCUGACCUGGUCAGAUCUGCAUCUUGUUUUGCGGGGCACGCAGACAGACAUUCUCACGGUGUGCUGUAGUGUCCUCCUUUGGAGUUCAAAUAUGCUUGUGAGAAAGAGAGCUUACUAAAUUUGAGAUCUCGGUCCGAGAAAAAGGUUUUGGUGGCCAAGAUAUGGCGUCUGGUGGAGGGAGGCGUCAUCAUCGUAAUCUUGUGCCUCUUGCUGCAUUGAUAAGCAGGGAGAUGAAGAGUGAGAAGAUGGAGAAGCCCACAGUGAGAUAUGGACAUGCUGCACAGUCUAAGAAAGGGGAAGAUUACUUUUUAAUAAAGACUGAUUGUCAGCGAAUACCUGGAAGUUCUUCAUCACCAUUUUCUGUAUAUGCGAUCUUUGAUGGUCACAAUGGAAAUGCUGCAGCAAUUUUUAGCAGAGAAAAUUUGUUAAAUCACAUUUUGAGUGCCCUUCCUCAACGUAUUGGAAGAGAGGAGUGGCUUCAGGCAUUACCUAGGGCAUUGGUUGCUGGGUUUGUGAAGACUGACAAGGAGUUUCAGAGCAGAGGAGAAACUUCUGGCACUACAGCAACAUUUGUGAUAGUUGAUAGAUGGACUGUGACGGUAGCAUCUGUUGGAGAUUCCCGUUGCAUACUAGACGCCCAAGGUGGCCCUAUUACUAACUUAACUGUUGAUCACAGACUUGAAGAGAAUAUUGAAGAGAGAGAACGUAUUACUGCAAGUGGAGGUGAAGUUGGAAGGCUUAGUAUUUGCGGUGGUGCUGAGAUUGGUCCUCUUCGUUGCUGGCCAGGGGGUCUGUGCCUUUCUCGGUCAAUUGGAGAUGUGGAUGUAGGGGAGUUUAUAGUUCCAAUACCGUAUGUCAAACAAGUGAAGCUGUCAAAUGCUGGUGGGAGGCUUAUAAUUGCUUCUGAUGGCAUCUGGGAUGCUCUAUCCUCAGAAAUGGCUGCAAAAUCUUGUCGGGGUUUGCCUGCUGAACUUGCUGCUAGGCAGGUUGUGAAGGAAGCAUUAAGGACAAGAGGUUUAAGGGACGAUACAACUUGCAUAGUAGUUGACAUAAUUCCUCCUGAUACUGGAGUGCCACCGCCUCCUCCCCCCAAAAAGCAGAGUAAAUUGAGAGCUUUACUGUUCAGGAAGAAAUCCAGUGAUUCUGCUAGUAAGCUGUCAAAGAGGCUUGCAGCUGUUAAUAUAGUAGAGGAAUUGUUUGAAGAAGGAUCAGCAAUGCUCGCUGAAAGAUUAGGGAACGAAGGGAAUUCAGGGGAAUCAACCUCUGGGAUUUUUGUGUGCGCAGUGUGCCAGAAAGAUAUUGCUUCAAGUGAAGGCAUAUCUGUUCAUGCUGGCUCCAUUUUCUCUACCACCACUAAGCCUUGGCAAGGCCCCUUUCUUUGCGCUGAUUGUCGCAUCAAGAAGGACGCCAUGGAAGGCAAGCGUCCUAGCGGAAUUAGAGUCUCGUAGCUUUUCUUUACCUAUUCACUCUCAUUUCCCCCCGUUUUUCUUGUAGUUAUGAUUUUUAUAGGUCAAAUAAUUGCUUAGAUCCCACUAUUAAGUAGUGACGGAUGUAUAUGUAUGAACUUAGAAUCGGGAAUAUGGGUCAGCCCCUCCUACAA